AUGUGGAAAGUUUACUUUACUCUGGGAGUAAUUUCCAUUCAGCUCUGGACUAAGCUUAGGUAAGCAACAUUUAGAAGAUUUUGUCUCGACUUAAAAAAAUGUGCUAAAUCAAGCGUCAAAAUAGUGUCCCAUAUUUGGAUAAAAAUAUUUCAAAAGACUCUGCAUAGACCCUGAAUAGUGAUAUUUGCUAUCAAUUUAGAUGUAUUUUAAUACAUCGAAAUUAAAAAAAUUCAUUAUUGGCUCCAAGGCUUGAGGAAAUAAUAGUAAUAAUAACAAAAAAGAUAUCACGAUGAGAUUCAGUGUUGAAUAGUACAUGUCUUUUGAUUUAUUUCCCCUAACCUGUUAUUAUUGUGAAUUGUAAAUGAUAUUUUCUUUCCUUGCAUUUAAUGUAUAUAUAUAUUUUCUAUAUAGUUUUUAUGUAGUGUCAGCUCGAAGAUAUUAGCUUGUUAGCUACUCUAAAAUUCGAGUUUAAAUAAAGUUUUAUGUUAUGUUAUGUUAACCUUGGAUAAGGGGGUGUUUACAUGAGAAAACUCACACUGGUGCAAAUUUCAUACUGGGUUGACUUUUUGAUUUUGUAUCCCAUUUACAUGAUGACUGGGUCAUUUCAUAUCUUGUUAUUUGAAGGUACACUUCAUGUCAAUAAAAUAUAUGUGUGAUUUAAAGUUGCAAACAUUACGCAUGCGCUACCCAUUCCAGUGGACCGGAAAACCGAUUUCACACUGAAACGGGUAGCCGUUUUGUGUUUUCAUGAUACCAUUGCGAGAUUUCAUACUGGAGUGAAAUUUUCGCCCCAGUACAAUAACUGGGGUGAACUCACGCCAGGGUGACUCACACCGGCAGGACAGUUUGUGGUGGUAUCAUGUAAACAAAUGUAGAGCCAUGAGAGGGAACCGAAGUGAACUUGCUCCGGGGCAAAAGUCGCCCCAGUGUCAUGUAAACACCCCCUAAAACAUUGAAUUUCAAUAUAUCGAUAUUGAUCUAUUAAUAUGUACACCCUAAUUGCAGGGUAUAUGCAAAAGGUUUUAUCAGUUUUUGAAAGUCUUCCUGUUAUAAUUAUCCGGCAAUCCUGAUGCAUUUUAUGGCCUUAUCCUGAUCCCAAAUUCAUAGCUUACAGAGGGUACAGAUUUGCUUUACUGUAAAUGAUCUCUUGGCCCCUCAUGGUGUUUAUUUAAUUUUAGUGGUUCAAGUGGGGUGUUAAAUUGAUAGGAGGUGUUUAUAAGAGAGUGGCGUCUAUUCUCCAAUGUUAGCAAGCUCAACAAAAAUAAUAUGCUGUGGGUGAAAAUAUCAAGAGAGUUUAUAAAAAGCAGAAUAUCCAGUCCAUUUAGUGAUAUGUCUAGGCCAUCUAGAAAUCCAUACUUCUCUUCCAGAUCUCAAAUUUGAUGUCAGAACAUUCAGAGUAUUCUUAAAGACCCAGUGGUGGGUGGUCAGAAAUGAAUAGUAAUGCAUUCAUUUGGUUACAAUUUGUACAAAAUUAACUGUUUCCCUUGGGACUGCUCAUUAAUUGUUUUAUGUUCCUCUAAGAAUACAUAGGAAGGUAAAAUACAAAAACAGAACAAAAUUUUAAUCCUGGAUUUGCCCUGAUCGGCCAUUCAGGAACCAGACCUAUAGGAUUUUUUUUACUCUGGUUAAUGCAACAGAAAGGUACUCUUUCGAUUCCUUGUUGUCUUAAACCUGUUUGGCAAACCUUCUUUGCCUUCAUUUCUAUAUCUAAGCAGUCUCUUUCUUGUUUGCCCUUAACAUGCUAGGCUGGAAAUAGCAGCCUCCAUGAAGACAUCUCUUUUUCGCUGAAAUGGUUGCCAGUAACUAGUAAAAUGGUAAGGUGCUCAUCAGUUUUUCUUUACAAGUCUGUAAGCUGUAAGCUCCUGGUUAUGCUUGUGUUCUAACUUAAGGUAAUUCCCUUUUUUGCACUGCGCAACAUAUACUAUGCAUAACACUGCGAUUUGAAAGAUGGCCGUGAUUUUUAUCAGUUGCCUAAAAAGAGGUAACAGAGGUCCCUUUUGUAGUCCAAGUGCUUUUAAUAGUGAUUUUGAUAACUCUACCCAGCUAAAUAUGUGUUUGUCUUGAAACUCGCCCCAGUCCUUUUGUGCAAAAUGAUCAUUUGAAGCCAAAAUUGCCCCUUUGUCCUCUUUUUAUGAUGAAACAAAAACGGUGACUCCUCUUUUUUCAAUUUGUGUUUUUUUCUCAUUAUAGCUACUCAAAAAAUAUAUCCCUUUAAGGAACUUUGAUGUUUCUUUGUCACAUGUAAAAUUGUGGUGCAUCCUGCCAAAUUAAUAAAACUAUCCAAAACAAACCAGUUUAAUAUCACCGUACCAUUAUUGGUAAAAAUUUGGGGAAAUUAUUAAAUUUUCCUUCAGGAAGACCUUGCCAUAAGCUUUGCCUAAUAGUUGGGGUGGUAAUGCAUGCCUGUGGAGGGCUUGAGAAAAAUGCCUUAAAGAUCCAUGACAGAACUUCCAAAUGAAACUAAAACAAACUUCUCUUUGGAAAGCUGCAGUUCUGCCUUUUCAGAGUAUCAGGAGCUUGUUUAUGUGUCAGACAUGAUGUAUUAAUCAAUUAUCUUGCUUCCAGAUUUUCUGGAAUUUUUGUGUUAAUGUUAAAACUAGCUCUCAAUGGGCCUAUGGCCAAGAAUGAGAGUACAAUAACUUGUCUGAUAGUGAAUGAAGUACACUCAAUGCAUCCAGGACUAAACGGGGCAGCGUCUUUUACUUCUUUACCGUAA